AUGCCUCCAUUUGAUGACUGGAAUACCCUUGACAAAUAUGUAUCCAAUUCUGAGGAAGAAGAGUCACAAACUGGAAGUUUGGACUGGCACUACAACUACCAAGAAGAACAUGAGGAGGACGAUUACUAUAUGCCUUUCAGACCGACAAUUUCUCCUCUGUCGCCUCAUCCCGAAAUAAAAGCCCAAAUGGACACCAUAGAAGUCUCGGACUAUAAGGAUGGAAUUGCAACAAUGGCGGAAAGGGCAUUCAAAGGAGAAUUUGAGCGGGUUACACAGCUGUCAGCAAAUCUAAAGUAUAACAAAGCAAAUCCACCUUUAUUCAAAAAGCAGCACCCCAAUAAGCUAGCAAGCUACGCACAGCUCCGCGCCGGCAUGCAAGCUACCCAAGUUGAGCUCACCAUUCGUCUGUACCGUGCCAUCCUAAAGCAAAAACGCAAAUGCCUUAUCAAAUAUACGAAGAGCCCUCGACUUUUUGAAUAUGUCAUGCUCAAUCACAAAGCAGGUAAUGGCUCAAAAAUUAGGAUUGCAUUGUCACCUAUUCGGGCGGGAGUUCGGAAAGCGCAUCUAGCUCAGGAAAUUCGCAUUUUUGAAAUGAUGAUAUUGCGAAGAAAGGCUUACCUACUGGGUCUGUUGAGCAUUUCUCUGGGUGGUGGAGAGGCAAAUGACCCAACGAUACGAAGAGUCAAUGGUCUUCGUUUAAAUAUUUUUUAA